CUCGGGCUAGAAAAGCGCGGAGGAGCUCGGCGUUGCUCUCAGUCCCGGUGGGCUCUCCUCCUCCUCUCUGCUGCUCUCCUCCUCCUCUCUCCACCAUCCACCAUCCACCAUCCACCGGCACCAUGGUCCAGCUCCCGGCGCUCACCCACUACUGGCCGCUGGUCCGCUUCCUGGUGCCCCUGGCCAUCACCAACGUGGCCAUCGACCUCGGCGAACAGGCUCUCAACAGGGGCAUCGCAGCUGUUAAAGUCGAUGCGGUGGAGAUGCUGGCCAGCUAUGGGCUGGCCUACUCCCUGAUGAAGUUCUUCACCGGGCCCAUGAGCGACUUCAAGAACGUGGGCCUGGUGUUCGUGAACAGCAAGCGAGACCGCACCAAGGCCGUCCUGUGUAUGGUUGCAGCCGGAACCGUGGCCGCCAUCUUCCACACGCUCAUAGCUUACACGGAUCUGGGGUACUACAUCAUCAACAAGCUGCAUCACGUGGACGAGUCGGUGGGCAGUAAGACCAGGAAGGCAUUCCUCUACCUGGCAGCUUUCCCACUGCUGGAUGCCAUGGCGUGGACCCAUGCUGGUAUCCUCCUGAAGCACAAGUACAGUUUCUUGGUGGGUUGUGCCUCCAUUUCUGACGUCGUAGCUCAGAUCAUGUUUGUGGCCAUCCUGCUCCAUAGUCACCUCGAGUGUCUGGAACCUCUCCUGAUCCCCAUCCUGUCGCUCUACAUGGGCGCCCUGGUGCGCUUCACCAUCGUGGGCCUCAGCUACUACCGUAACAUCCACGACCGCAUCCCCAACUCCAGCGGGCCUGAAGUGGGGGGAGAUGCCACCAUCAGGAAGAUGCUGAGCUUCUGGUGGCCUCUGGCUCUCAUCCUGGCCACCCAGCGAAUUAGCAGGCCCAUCGUAAACCUUUUUGUGUCCCGGGACCUCAAGGGAACCAACGAAGCCACUGAGGCCGUGGCUGUGCUCACUGCUACUUACCCUGUGGGUCACAUGCCCUACGGCUGGCUGACGGAGCUGCGGGCGGUCUACCCAGCCUUCGACAAGAACAACCCCAGUAAUAAGCUGACUAGCGGCGGUGCCAUGGUCACAAAGUCGCACAUCAAGAAGUUCACUUUUGUGUGCCUGGCGCUUUCCAUUACGCUGUGCUUCGUGGUGUUCUGGACCCCUCACAUCUCGGAGAAGAUCCUGGUGGACAUCAUCGGGGUGAACGAGGCCUUUGCGGCGCUCUGCGUCACACCGCUACGGAUCUUCUCCUUCUUCCCGUUUCCAGUGACGGUUCGAGCUCAUCUCACCGGCUGGUUGAUGACUUUGAAGAAGACCUUCGUCUUGGCUCCCAGCUCUGUGCUGCGCAUUAUCGUCCUCAUCGCCAGUCUCAUUGUGCUGCCGUACCUGGGGGUGCACGGUGCCACACUGGGCGUAGGGUCUCUGCUUGCCGGCUUCCUGGGAGAGUCCACCAUGGUGGCAAUAGCUGCUUGUUAUGUCUACCGAAAACAGAAGAAAAAGAAAGACACGGACAACGAAGACAGAGCUGCUUGCGAGGACUCGGCACCCAUGAACGAAGGGUCCCGCAACCAGAUCGACGACAUCCUGGAACUGCGGGAGGAGGACGAGUAGAUUUGCUAUGUCCAGGAGGAUAUAGCCGAGGAAGGAGGGGUCACUUUUGUACCGGGACAGUAGUGAAUUUGCUAAGCGCUGCCUGUUUAACACUCCCUUACCUGAAAAGGGGUGGCAGGACCUGACUUGAGCUGACUGACCCCCCCAUGAUGUGACCUGUGGGCUACCCCCGAUCUUCAUUGUGUUGGUUUUUUUUUUUUUUUUUAAUUAUGAAAGUCACUUGACUCCAAGAGGAACCUUUUGUGUACGUGUACCAGUGACGCGACACAACUGUUGAAAGCGGGUUCGUGUACCGCAACUUAUCCUCUAAGAAAAUAUUCACAAAGACGCGCAGGGUCUUCCGUCUCCCGCGUGGUCACUGCGGAGGCAGGAAGGUACAAAAGCGAAGACGCCAAUUUGUACCAAAGCAGUCUCGUAUCUGUUCCAUGUACGCUGAACUUCUUGUGCUGCCGUCCUUCACAUUUAUGAACCAUUUACCAAAAAAAAUAAAAAUUUCUAUAGAAUAACUUUAA